CGGCGCGCAGGCGCAGUCGGGGCCCGGCGGAGCGCGCAGGCGCAGCGGGGGGCGGGGCGCGCGGGCCCGGCCAAGGCAAGCGCCGGUGGGGCGGCGGCGCCAGAGCUGGUGGAGCGCUCGGGGUCCCCGGGCGGCGGCGGCGGCGCAGAGGAGGAGGCAGGCGGCGGCCCCGGUGGCUCCCCCCCGGACGGUGCGCGGCCCGGCCCGUCUCGCGAACUCGCGGUGGUCGCGCGGCCCCGCACGGCUCCCACCCCGGGCCCCUCCGCCGCCGCCAUGGCUCGGCCGCUGGUGCCCAGCUCGCAGAAGGCGCUGCUGCUGGAGCUCAAGGGGCUGCAGGAAGAGCCUGUCGAGGGCUUCCGCGUGACACUGGUGGACGAAGGCGAUCUAUACAACUGGGAGGUGGCCAUCUUCGGGCCCCCCAACACCUACUACGAGGGCGGCUACUUCAAGGCGCGCCUCAAGUUCCCCAUCGACUACCCGUACUCUCCACCGGCCUUUCGGUUCCUGACCAAGAUGUGGCACCCUAACAUCUACGAGACGGGGGACGUGUGUAUCUCCAUCCUCCACCCACCGGUGGACGACCCCCAGAGCGGGGAGCUGCCCUCAGAGAGGUGGAACCCCACGCAGAAUGUCAGGACCAUUCUCCUGAGUGUGAUCUCCCUCCUGAACGAGCCCAACACCUUCUCGCCUGCCAACGUGGACGCUUCCGUGAUGUACAGGAAGUGGAAAGAGAGCAAGGGGAAGGAUCGGGAGUACACAGACAUCAUCCGGAAGCAGGUCCUGGGGACCAAGGUGGACGCAGAGCGGGAUGGUGUGAAGGUGCCCACCACGCUGGCUGAGUACUGCGUGAAGACCAAGGCGCCGGCGCCCGACGAGGGCUCGGACCUCUUCUACGACGACUACUACGAGGACGGCGAGGUGGAGGAGGAGGCCGACAGCUGCUUCGGGGACGAUGAGGAUGACUCUGGCACGGAGGAGUCCUGACACCACCAGAAUAAACUUGCAGAGUUUACCUCACUAGGGCCGGACCCGUGGCUCCUUGACGACAGACUACCUCACGGAGGUUUUGUGCUGGUCCCCGUCUCCUCUGGUUGUUUCGUUUUGGCUCUUUUUCUCCUUCCCCAUGUCUGUUCUGGGUUUUCAUGUGCUUCAGAGAAGAGGGGCUGCCCCACCGCCACUCACGUCACUCGGGGCUCAGUGGGCAGGGGCCCAGGGUGGGAGUGGCCGGCCCACCUGUCCUCUCGGGAGGAGAGCUGAGCCCGACUUCUACCGGGGUCCCCCAGCUUCCAGACUGGCCGCACCCCGGAGGAGCCACGGGGGUGCUGCUGGGAAUGUGGGCGGGGGCCGUUCCCUGACACUGCCAGCCUGGGAGGCCCAGGUGUAUCGGUCCGAGGGGCCUGGUCCCGCCUGUCAGCUCCAGGCCUGGAGCCACAUCCAGCACAGGGUGGACGGACUCACCGUGGCUGACUCUUCUCCCUGCUUUGGUUUGUUUGAAAUCUAAAUAAAACUACUUUAUGAGA